UGAUGUUAUCAGACACAUUCAUUCUUGCCGUCGCGUCUUCAUGCUGCAAUAUGGAGUUGCCUGUCAGAACUGCACAGGAUCCUUGACAUUAUCGGAACGCAGUGAUGAGGGGUCUACGAUGGAGGAAAUAUAUCCAAGCAUGACCACAAUGUAUCACCACGAGGAAAAUCAACGCAAAUCACUGAAGGCACCUGGAAGUUAAAACUCUUCCAAAGACGCCGGGAGUGAAACAGGUUGGAAUGCGUCGCAUCUGAAUCCGAUCAUCCGGGAUUCAUUUUCCGAGCGGGGUUUUCUGCCCUCACCCGUCCUCUAACCGACUCGAUGAAUCCAACCUCUACCAAGCCCUCGGAGGUAUGUCAGAAAUGCCUACCAAGCCCAGGAAUCAUCGAUCUCUUCGGAAACAUGUCACCACGGCAUGCAUUCCAUGUCGCGACGGCAAAGUCAAGUGCGGCGGCGGUACACCUACCUGCAGGAACUGCGCAAUACGGGGCAAACCCUGUCGCUAUCGGCAAGGGGACGAUAAACGGAAAGUUCCAGUACGGCAAGCCGUCGCUUUGCUUGCGCGGAGGGUCGACAGCCUGGUGCACUACAUCAGAGACUGUGGCCUCCCGGUUCCCACCAUGGACGAAGAAGACCAUCGUGUUCUGAAGAAUGUCUUGGAUGCGCUGGAGCUGCAAUGUGAGGAUGUUGUCUCCUACCCUGGUCCAUCUCCAAGCACAGGGGCAACAGGCCUUUCCAGUAGCGUGAUGGUGCCCACAACGCCCGUCUCCUUGAACAACGGCGUCCGUCAUUCCCAUCCAGAGGAUGCACCCGGCGAGGUCAAUCUCGAGACCCCCAGUCAGCCAGAGCCAGCGAUACCGGUCUGGGAAGAACCUAUGCAAGAGGAUCCCCACGAUGGAGAGGCAGACAGCGACGAUGAAGUCACCGAUCAGUUGUCAUGCCGGUUAGGGCGGCUGCAAGUCACUCAUGAUGGCCAACUCCGAUACUUUGGGUCCACGUCCAAUCUGACGCUACUGGAUGCUCUGGUGGAUGUCACUCCGCCCGUGGCCAUUGCCCGCGACGCACGCGAGUUGCUAGAGAAUGCCCAGCUGGACCAUGAGAUGGACGAAGCAUUUGAACGACACCUGCUCGAGCUCUUCUUCACGUGGCAGGAUCCUAGACUGCAUAUUAUCGACACGGAGAGCUUCUGGCGGGCCCGAGCGCAGAGUCGAGACGAGAGUCUCCCCACGCCCUACUACUCCCGGGCCCUGUCCGACGCCAUGUGCGCCUUGGGUGCGGCCUACGAGCCCAAAUACCAUCCCGACUUCGUGACCUUCCCCCGAUCGUUGGCCGAAUACUUUGGCGAUCGGGCCAAACUACUGGUCGAGCUCGAAUUAGACACUCCGUCGAUCGCCACCAUCCAGGCCCUGGUCCUGCUCAGCACCCACGAAGCAUCCUGUACCCGGGAUACCCGUGGCUGGCUAUACAGCGGUAAGCUUCAUGCCAUAGUGGACUUCCCAGCUGACCGAGAAGGAAUGGCAAUGCGACUCACCCUUGACCUCGGUCUUCACCUGGAGAUGGCCCCGUAUGUCGAAAAGGGGAUCAUUCCACACCAGGAUGCCGAGGUACGCCGGGUGGUCUUUUGGGCAGUGUAUCUCAACGAGCAGUUCUGGGGCUUUUACCUGGGCCGAUCGGCCCAAAGCCGCAUGGACAUAGUCACCGUGCGGAAACCAGCCGCAGCCCCGGCCUCCUUCACCAGCUGGAAGCCGUACCCUCACCAUGAAGCCACCGUUCCGAUUCCAUUCAACCUGCUGUGUCGGGAAUGGGUGUCACUUUACGAAAUCAUGCUUCCCCUCACUGAUGUUUUAUACGGCUGCUCUGAAAUCUCCGUUCACGCUCUGCAAGGACUCGCCGAAACGACUGUAGACAAGCUCCGACAAUGGCAAAUCGACCUCCCCGCAGAGCUAACAGCCGAUGAAGCCUCCAGCAUCCACGCCCCACUGCCACACGUUCUCACUUUUCACAUGCAAUACCACCAAUUCAUGAUCCACUGCCACAAGCCCUACAUCUCCCGAAAAUACAUCCAGCCCCGACCCCCUCAAGGCCCGGGCUCCAGUCACGCCCGACGAAUGUGCAUUGAUUCCGCCGUCGCCAUCGUCCAGCUCCUACUCCAGUACGAGCGAGCCUACGGGUUCGAGAAAUCCAACGCUCAGAUGGUCUCGUUUGUAUUUUCUGCCGCUCUGAUCUUGAUCUUUAACACUGUUCCCGCCAAGCCCAUGUCUUCGGAUCAGCAACUCGUCAUUCAUCUGAGUACUUGUUUCCGCGCCCUCGACAACAUGGCCAGCUGUUUUGAGAACGCGAGACGCACAAGUGUUUUCCUGGGUACUCUGCGCCGCCAGUGGCAGGUCCGAAGGCGAAGUCGCAGAACGGGAUCGGUUCAAGGCCGGGAGAAAGGGUUCUCGGAAUCGUCGGGGUGGAGACGUGAGGAUGUGGGAGUGUCCCCGGCUUUUGGAGAGGGUGUUGAUGGGGGGCUUGGGUCUGGUAUUGAUGAUCUACUAACGUGUUAUUCGACUCUUGGAGAGGCUCCGGCCUCGACGGUGGAUUUUAUGGGCCCGAAUCUUUGUAAUAUCCUUCUGAGUGAGGGGAUUCCGAGGGCGUUUGUGUGAUGGACCAUGAAUAGAUGGGUAUUGUGUUGUAUAAUGAGG